AUGCACCGUACCUAUUCCAUGCGCCAGUCGCGCGCCCCGACCGCUUCGCAGAUCGAGAGCCCACCUCCACCUUUGUCCACAACCAAGAGCGGAAGAUGGUUAGGUAAAGGAGGCAUCGGACAUGCCUUCCGUAAGAAUGCCGCCGGUGCCUUCGGUCCCGAUCUCGCCAAAAAGCUGUCGCAGCUCGUCAAGAUGGAGAAGAACGUCAUGCGCAGCAUGGAGCUCGUCGCUCGGGAGCGCAUGGAAGUCGCUCAACAACUCUCCAUCUGGGGUGAAGCCUGUGACGAGGAUGUGUCGGAUGUGACGGACAAGCUCGGCGUGCUGAUCUACGAGAUCGGUGAGCUCGAGGAUCUCUUCGUCGACCGCUACGACCAGUACCGUGUGACCAUCAAGAGCAUCCGUAACAUCGAGGCUUCCGUCCAGCCCAGCCGUGACCGCAAGCAAAAGAUCACCGAUGAAAUCGCCAAGCUCAAGUACAAGGAUCCCAACUCUCCCCGCAUCGUCGUCCUGGAGCAAGAGCUCGUUCGUGCGGAAGCCGAGUCCCUCGUUGCCGAAGCGCAGUUGUCCAACAUCACCCGCGAGAAGGUCAAGGCCGCGUUCCAGUACCAAUUCGAUGCCCUCCGCGAGCACUGCGAGAAGGUCGCCAUCGUUGCCGGCUACGGCAAGCACCUCCUCGAUCUCAUCGACGACACCCCUGUCACUCCCGGUGAGACUCGCCACGCCUAUGACGGCUAUGAUGCCUCCAAGGCCAUCAUUCAGGACUGUGAGGAUUCCUUGACCAACUGGGUAUCUUCCAAGGCGGUCGUCAAGUCCAGUCUCUCCCAGCGCUCGCGCACUCUCUCCCAGCGUCACCGCACCAACCUCAACAAGAACCGCGAGGGAGUUGAUCUCUCCUCACAGGACCAGCCUUUGCCCGGUGACCGUGACUCCUGGCUUCCCGCUGACCAGCACCCCAACUAUGAGGACGGUGAUGAUGGUGUGAGCACCAUUGACGGCGAAGUACGAGGCCGCGAGGAGGAGCGUGAGCCCAUUGUCGCAUAA